CCACCAAUGUGUAUUUAGUACAUUAGUUUAAUUUUAAAUAUUACGCAAAAAUUGAUCUUUCAUUGCCCUAUUUGGGUAUUGCCCCGAUAGGGUAAGGCUCCUGGUUGAAAUUACAGGACACAGUGGUAAGCAGCUUGGCACAAUACACCGGGUUAACGAUGACGAAAGAGGUGCAUCGUAGACAUGUGGAGAGGACUCAAUCGUCACCACGUGACGAAUAUGUCAGUGAGGAGUAUAGGCAGCACCAGUACCGUGGUCCUUCUGGUGGUCGAAGUCACGGUUCUCAGUCAAUUAGCCUUAAAUCAUUGAAGCAUACUGGUUUAAGUUGCGCCAAAUCGCUUACUAGUAAGAUUAUAUCGAUGUCUAACAGUGGUAUUCAAGCUGCGAGUUCGGCUAUCACUGCUUACAAGGAGACUGCUGCUGCCAAUGCACGCAAGGCUGCUUUGGCUGACCCUAAUUCAUUUUUAAGGAUUUCUGAGCGCAUUGCUACUACUAACGAUCCCAUUACUUCCCACAGGGAGCUUGUUGGUGUUAUUGAGCAUCUAUUGACUUGGACUGGCCAACCUGUCCAGUUAACUUUGGAAAAGGACAGGUUCGGGCGGCCAACAUCCCAGAGCAUGUACAACAUCCGGCUAAUCAACGACUUCGUGGUGGAAAAGGUGCUGAUAUACAUUCGUGGGAGGCGUGAUUGCUGUGUGUUCAUCUACAAGUUUACUAAUUGGAGGAUGCGUACUACAUAUCAGCCUGAGGAAAUCAUACUGUGCCUCGAGUUACUUCAAUACUGUAUGGAGAGCUUUGGUGGAUACUUUUUGGGGUUAAUGACAAGUUCAUGUAUGCGUCGGUUCAAGAAACUGCUUAAGAUGACCAAGAUAUCCACAUCUCUUGCUGGUGGUGUUAAGAAGCAGUUAACCAAGUUCUUGGUUGGGUCUUCCAACGUCCAUCCCGGUGUCCCUACUGAUGUCCGUAUUCAUGUGAUAAAGGCUAAGGUUCUAUACAUGAUCCAGUUAUGGCAUGAUGUAUUUUUACUUGACCAGGGUAUGUAUUUUACUUUUUUCGAGGGUUACCGCAACAUGAGGGAGAGUGGCAUUAAGUUCCCGCCGAUUGACCCCAAUGAGAAGCAGAAGAUCAACUUAUCACCUGUUGUUUCUGUGAACAGGUACUCCAUAGCUCCUGGAGUUGCACUUCCACUUUCUCCUGAGGAGUUUGACAUUAUUUUAUCUACUCUUCAGACCCUAUCCACUGAGAUGCCUGGUCCUCAGCAGGAUGCCGCUCUUGCUCGUUUGGCUGAGAGCAAGAAGAAGCUUGUUAGCAGCAUCAACAUAUUGACUGAGAAUCGCCCUGAAAUGGCGGAUGACGCUAGUUACGAGGCUAUAAUGAGGAAGUUGCUAUUACUCAAUGACUGUAUCGGUGCUCAUUUAACUACUGGUAGUAACCUUGAGGAGGCCCGUAUGAAACUGCAGACCAUUAUAGAGCGUGACAACCGACACCGGAUAGGGUGCUUUUGCCAUGAACACGAUGAUCAUGGUGACGAUGAGGACAAGAUGGUUUCUGUCAACUCGUCGUCGGAUUCCGAAAACGAGGACUUUGGCAACUUUUUCAGUUCUGACAAAUCGGGGACCCAUAAAAAGAGCGAUGAGGACUACGACAAGUUCUUUGCUGACUUUGGUUUAUUCGGGAACAAUGUGAAAUCAGUUGAGAAGAUGGACUCGGUGCACAGCGAGGGUGGCAACUACGUCAAUGACCUGGAAUGCCUCAGUUUUGACAACCCUGUUACCACAAGCAGCCAGGAUAUAAACGUUGCGUCUGCAGCUUUAUCCGCGGACAAGUAUAACAUAAGGACGUCGCUAUCCAGCGCCACUUCGUCCAAUGAAUCGGUAGAGGAAAAGCCAAAGUGGGAUGAAUACAGCAUCGGUGGCGCUGAGCUUGCUGAUUCAGACCACGACGUCGGCGCUUCCAGCAGCAGUGCGUAUACCCGUAGCCUCAAUGCUACGCAGGCCACUACUGCCAGCGUCAACUCCCUUGACAUGAUGGACCAGCUUGAUUCUUUGAUAGGUACUAAGCAGGAAGAGGGUGGUCCUGGCCAUGAUGAUAACAAUGACACAGACAACAAGAAGACACUCACUGAGAUGGUGGACGAGCUUGACAAGGUUGAAUUGGACUUUGGGCACAUGUCAGUCACUGGUUUCUGACUGUAUCGGUUAUGUGAACACUAGCGCAACACGUU